AUGUGCGACUGCCUAGCUUUAAGGAAACCAAUCCCUAAUGCAAAGGAGGAAAGUUCAUCACUUUUUCCACUUUUUAACACUUGGAGGAAGCUAGUACAAGUGUCCAAGGCGUACCAACAAGUGUGCCUUAGCAACUGUUUGCAUGGAGAAGAAGGGUCACGUUUUUCAUAUGCAAAACAAGGUGAGCUUAAUGUGGUCUUUUGGAGCAUUCUGGAGCAUAUGGGACAUGAGGAGCAUGGAGGGACUUGGCACAUGGAAGCAGCUCAACUGGAUACGCAAAGGAAGAAGGGAGAAGCCAUCUUGAAGACCAGCUCGACCGUCUACUCGACCAACCGGUCGAGUUCCUCAACUCGACCGGCCAAGCUUCAACUCGAUCGAGCUGGAAGUCAAAGUCAAACCCGAAAAAUGUUGCUUCCCCCUUGA